UAUUAUUAUAUACCGGCGAAAAUGAAUUCGUGUUGGAGUAUUUUCGUUUUUUGUUUAUUUCUUGCACCUACAUCUGGAUAUGUUGACAACCUGUACUGUGGAGAGAAAAAUUGUUACGAAAUUCUUGAUGUUUCAAGGGAGUCAACUAAGGCAAAAAUCACCAAAGCAUACAGAAAAUUGGCGAAAGUAUGGCAUCCAGAUAUGCACAAAACAGAUGAGAAAAAAGAUGAAGCUUCAAAGAAGUUUCAGGAAAUUGCCAAUGCAUACGAAAUACUGACAGGGGAGGACUCCAGAAAUGACUAUGAUUAUAUGUUGGAUCACCCAGAUGAAUUCUACUACAACUACUACCGCUACUACAAGACGCAUACAGCUCCGAAGGUGGAUGUACGCGUUGUGAUAGUAAUCACAAUCACUGUGAUAUCUAUUGUACAGUAUUACGGGGCCUGGGCGAACUACCAGUCUGCCAUCAGCUACCUCUGCAAGGACCAGAAAUACCGUAUCCAAGCGACUAAUAUCGCCAAAGAACGGGGCCUAUUCCCGGUGGCUAAUAAACGAGAUGCCAGAAAAUCUAAGGAGGAGGUCAAGGAAAAGGAAGAGGCAAUCUUAAAGGAAAUAAUAGAAGAAAAUUUAGAUAUACGAGGUGGAUACAGUAAGCCCACAUAUCGGGAUAUACUCUGGGUACAGCUGGUGUUCUUUCCAUAUCAGCUUGUGAUGUACAUCAAGUGGUUCCUGCGGUGGGUCUGGAAGUUCAGCAUUAUGAAACAGGAAUAUGGGCGCGAGGAAAAACUGCAUCUUAUACGAAAAAACCUUAAACUUAAUACAAGUCAGUUUGAUGCUAUAGAAGAACAGGAAAAAGAAGAUUAUUUGAGCAAAGAGCUUUGGAAAAAGACAGAAUUUGAGAAAUGGAAGCAGGCUCAAGAAGAAGAACUCUUGUCCAAGCGAGCUGAGAGUGGGCGCUACAAAAUGAUACGACGUUACAUGAAGAAGGGAGGGCCCGGUCAAAUGACAUUUGGACCAGAAUGAGAUUUGAUUAAGAUUUAAAAUUUGCAUUACCAGAGGGAUUUCAGAGAUGCUUGGUUUCAGUUUUAGUGUAUCGUUUAAUUUCAGUAAUUAGAAUCUUAGAUCAAAGUGGUAGUGGUCGUAAAUGACAAAAUAUAUAUUUUUUGUUAUCUUCCUGGCAUAGGUGGAUUUUUAUGCCCCCGGAUCGAAUGAUCGGGGGUAUAUGGUUUUUGGCCUGUCUGUCUGUCUGUCAUUCUGUCACCAAAACUUUAACCUUACAUUAAAAUUUUGCAAUAACUUUGAAAUAUUGAACAUAGCAACUUGAUAUUUGGCAUGCAUGUGUAUCUCAUGGAGCUGCACAUUUUGAGUGGUGAAAGGUCAAGGUCAAGGUCAUCCUUCAAGGUCAAAGGUAAAAAAACAACAACAAAAAAACUUUUAACCUUACAUUAAAGUUUUGCAAUAACUUUUGAAAUAUUGAACAUAGCAACUUGAUAUUUGGCAUGCAUGUGUAUCUUAUGGAGCUGCACAUUUUGAGUGGUGAAAGGUCAAGGUCAUCCUUCAAGGUCAAAGGUCAACAACAACAAAAAGCGGCCCAUUAGGGGGCAUUGUGUUUCUGACCAACACAUCUCUUGUUUACUUUGUUAUUAUUGUGGCUACAAAUGUAACAGAGCCAAACCCUGACUCAUGUUCCCUAUUGUUUUAUGAACCUAGCAUGGGGUAGAGUCUAUGGAUAUGAUGUUCAAGUAGGCUGGAUUUAUAUAUUCAACUGAUGUUGAUGGGGGAGAUUUUAUUCUUGCUUAAGUGUAAAAACUUCACUUGCAUAAGGUGAUCUUGACAUGCUUAGUUGGAACGAGAAUUUACUCAGAAAUAAUACGACCCUAGUUCCGGGAAACCUGGGCUGAAUGCAUGUGUGUGAAAGGUUUGCCAGAUUAGCCUGUUAGGUCUGCACAUUUUAAACUGAGACAACAUUUUCAGAAUAAACUUGUUUUUCACUCAGAGAUAAUUCCUGUAGUCAAAAUAUUAUAUAAAAGCUGAAAGUGUUUUACCUUACUGUAGUCUGUUUAAGGUUCGCAAGCUUAUCUAGCACAUCUCUUGAUGCUCAUGCCUUAAGCUCAGUUUUCCCAGGAUACACCUCAUACUUUUUGGCAGGUAUACAUACUCCUGUAUUAGCAGCUUCGUGUCUAUCACAUGAAUUAGGCCAACAGUGAGCUGAUGUUUAAAUAUUGUAUUUUCUAAUUUAUUUGAUUUGUCAUGUAUUUAACAUGAAUCUUGUGAUUGAAUUCUGGGUACAAAAAAAAAAUCACCAUUUUAUGGUGUAUGCAAUUGCUGUUGACUGUUGCAGUUUUACAUGUUGUUAUUACUUUAUGUACAUACUUUAAAUUAAAUGAAUAAGAGUAAUGGUU